CAGGCUGACGUGUUGUCCUCUCAAGCUUUUCUUUAACUGCACUGAUCAGCUGUAAGACUUUACUGAACCACCAGCACCACCGGCACUGACAGGAUGGCUCUGGCAAGGUGGAAGUCUACCUUCAAGAGAGAAGCUGACGGUCUCCCGUGUGGAGACACUUGGAAUCUGGAGUUUAAUUCCAGUAUUAGCCCCAGACGUCCUCAGCCCGGAUGGAAGGAGUACGUCACGCAGACCACUGCAAGGUUUAGUUGCAGCCUGUGUGGAAAGCGCUGGUCCUCCAAUAAUGUGAUGGUGGUCUUCCACAUGCACCGGAAGGGCCGCACGGGCACCGUCAAAGUGAGCCGCUUUCGUCAGAAGUGCCAGAAAUGCAGACAUGCCCCGAUGGAGGAUCCCAGCAUAAACAAGACGAACAUCUGCAUCCUCAUGAAGAACCUGGUGAAGAAGAUUAAAAAUAACUGCUACAAUGCAGCCCUGCAGGGCCGCGAAUCCCCUUACAAUAAGCUUCUUGUCACAAGUCGCCACAUGCCUGCCCACUGCGAGGGAUGUAUUGAAGGCAUCUGUACAAACAAUUGAGCCGCACUUCAUGAUCGUAAAGUUUUGUGCCGUUGUUUUUGGCAUCGCUUGUAACUCUUUUUUUUUUUUUUUUAUGUAACUACAAGUAAUAACUUGCCCAGAUUUACUUUCCUAGGGGGAAGGGGUGUGUUGUUUUGAGAUUGUAACAAGAGUUUUUGAAUUUGUUGUUAGGGUCUUCUUAAACUAUAAUUUACAAAAAAACUC